AUGACAGAUCCGUGGCGCGUAGAAAGUUACCACGUUGCUGUGUCAAUUGGUGACGCGGCAAUACACUUACUAGUUAAUGAACCGGCCGCUGGGAAAGCUACUGUGGAAAGAGCGUGUCUGAUUGAUGGAGGCGAGACUGACGGACUCCAGCCUCUUUCACUCACCAUCCGUUGGAUCGAACGACAUCACAGCCUAGAAAAUCUUCAAUUUGAUAGCGUUGUUGUCACUCAUUGGGACUCAGAUCACUAUAAGGGUGUCGUUGCCCUGAUCAACGACGAUCUCGAAAAGCAGUUUGAGGAUCUGAAGAAAAAGUAUGAUCCUGUCCCCGCCGAUAAGGUGGCAGAGUUGAAGUGCAAGUAUUUCAAAUAUGACAAGUCAUCCAAAUGUCUCACCACCUUCUACGCCCCAUACUGGGACGGAUUUGCAAGAAAGGAUUUUGGGGGGGGAUGGACAUCUGCUGUUGUUCUAGAAUCUGAAGGAGAUGAUCCCAAGGAGAAGAAGCCGGUGAAGGCUCAAGACCGGCCAGAUAACCUUACAGAGAACACGGAUGAUCCAAAGAACCGUCUGCUCAAUUUUGGAUUGAUGAAGAACAGCACAGGCAAGCUGAUGUACGACUCGAGCGGGAAACCGUAUUUUGCCAACGGAAUCUGCAAGCUGCGCUAUACUCCAAUCGAAUUGAUCGGGGUCAACUUUUUCAAUAACAUCAACGGGUUCAACGAGACCAGCAAAUACCAAGAUGCAAAGGACCGAGCUGCACUCGUCGGACAAGUCGACUGGAAAGAGGCCCCGGUGGGAGUUGUAUGCCUGGCCAGUUUGAACGGGUGCAUUGGGGACUCUGAUCCAACGUUUCAAAUAGGGAAGAAAAAAGCGCUAGGGGAUCCUAGUUUUGACAAGCCGCCUCCCCCUGAUGUUGUGAACGACAAAAAGUGCAGCAAGAAUAAUUGGGCUUCCAUUUGCGCUAUCGUGAUUUGGCAGAAUCAGAAUGUGUCACACUAUUUUGCAGGGGAUGCGCCGUGGUUUAUCGAGAAUCGCCUGGCAAAGUGGCUCAACACAACCGUUCCAAAGAUGAAGUUGAGGUAG